UUCUUCUUUUUCUGACUUGCCCUCCAUAUGUUCCCCGUCAAUCGAUCGGGGUUCCCCUCUCACUCUGACGAUGUACCCACCUCAUCUGUACGCACAUGCAGACGCAGACUGACAAUACUAAGACGGUUCCCGGGACCAGCCCAUACUCGUUCUUGUUGCGUAUUUGGCAAGCCUGGUUUUCCCUAGUCGUUCCAUUCGGUUCUGGGCCCGUUCUACCGCCGUUGUCAAUCACGGAUUGCGCAUUCUUUUUGCCGACUUCCUUACUUUCGACUUGCAGACCGUCAUUUCCCUCUCUGGGAUACUACCGACUCCACUCGUCUGGGGAGGUGGAAAACCCUAUAUCAUGGUAUCCUUCUUGGUCAUCGAGAUGGUGGAAUAUCUACUACUUGUGCGAGUUCGAAACACAGGAGCUGAAGCUCCGGCCAGGUGCGCACCGAAUGCGUACCGCAGGACUGCGUCCACUAUUAUGUAUUUUCGCGACUUCAACAUGGCAACCGAACAUCGGGGCACGUCGGCACAUUGACACGUCGACAGCUACCCCGUCCGUCUACGCGACUCGCAUGGUCGUUCAUGAACCCUGGAACAGCCCUCUUGCACCCCGUUUCCAGGGUCGUCCCCAACGCUUCCCGGCUUUUCGGGAAACAUAGUGGUUGUCCUGGAGUGAGACACCGCGACUAUUGCCUUUCUACAAAUUGGGCGUCAGUCGCAUCUGUGGCGAAGGUGUUUGCCAACCGUCUAGCUGACUUGAGUUGUAUACGUGCUUUCACCGUUGUCUGUUCGUUGAGCCUGCAAAACGUAGUGCCUGGGCGGU